UUGGUGAAUAGGGUGUUGAACGUUUUCCUGACUUUAAUAGAUCAGGUAAGAUCUUAUCCAGGAUCUUUCUGAAGUUAGGUUAGCCUACAUCAGACAUUUUAUUGUCACAAAUUAAAUCUAGUUUUGAUAUUUAAAAGGACGUUUGAUGGCUCUGGUAUAGCUGUUAUUUACCUGAACGCGGUAACAAAGAAAGUAACUAUAGUGGAGGCUAGCUACAGAUUUACUGUCACGUUUUUUUUAUUUGAAGAAAUGUUGAAGAGAAAAUAGCUUCAACGAUGGAUCGGGACAGAGCUAGUCCGUCCCCCUCCACCCUGCCGGAGUCCCCUGGUCACAACUCUCCUGGUAGCACCUUACUGCUGGAUCUGAAGAGGGGUUUCUGUGCGGCUGGUCGACUGCAGGAAAACAACAGGGCAGAGUGGAACUGUGAGAGAAGGACACGAGGAGGGAGAUUUGAUUUCAUCAAUGGCAGGUGCUUAUCUUCUGGGCAUCCUCAACCACAUGUUGCUGACGAGACAGAGAAGAGUCUUUCCAGAUCAGAACAUCUCAAGAAACAUCAGCAGAGGUGUACAGGGAAGAAACCUCACCACUGCUGCUCUGACUGUGGGAAGAGUUUCACAAACCGGAGUGACUUCAUUAUUCACCAGCGGAUUCACACCGGAGAGAAACCGUACUGCUGCUCACAGUGUGGGAAGAGUUUCGCUGCUUCUAACACCUUAAAAUCUCACCUGAGAAUUCAUACAGGGGAGAAGCCUUACCCCUGCCUUGAUUGUGGGAAAAGCUUUUCAUAUUUGGGAGCCCUAAACAUACACAAGCUAACACACACUGGAGUGAAGCCUUAUAGCUGUGAUCAAUGUGGGAAGAGCUAUGCUGUAUCAGAUGCCCUAACUAUACAUCAGCGCAUACACACUGGAGUGAAGCCUUAUAGCUGUGAUCAAUGUGGGAAGAAGCCUUAUAGCUGUGAUCA